CCUGACAAGGAUGGAAAGCUGUUUGAGAAUGAUUUGUCUCUGCCUUGCCACCGGGCUGCUCUUUGCCACAUUGGGGAAAGCAGGCAUACCCACACCAUGCUGUCAGAAGACCACCAAUACAGUUCUGCGCCAGUCCAAUAUUGUAGGCUACCACAGGCAGGGAGGUGUAGUCUGCCCAGUUGAGGCUGUUGUGUUCACCACAGUGAAAGGUAUCAGAGUGUGUUCCAGCCCUAAGAAGCCCUGGGUGAAAAAAGCACUGAGGUACAUUGACUUGAAGAAACAACAGGCUACAACACAGGCUUCAACAGUGACUACAGAGGUUCUGUCCACCAAUGGCACAGAGCCAACAAGGAAUGCCACAGCAAUGCCAUAGCUAUGUGCAGGAGAAGAGACUCACUGCUCAUGACUAUACAACAUAAUUCAGAUGUACACUAUGUAACAGCGCUUUGUGAAAGUACUGCUUAAAAUAACAUAUCAUUUAUCAUUUGCGACAAUUAUACGAUUUUGCCUGCAAACAAGUUUAGAUCCCGUAGUUUGUUUUGUGUCCUUGG